AUGGCCACUCGAAUUGAGAAAGUUGAGAUCCUCGGUGCCAAAACCAUCCAUGUUGGCUACCAAAUGAAAGCACAUGUGUGCGAUGAGGUGGUUGGAAACAAGGCCUCUUCUACUUAUGUGAUCAUCACCGAUUCGAAUCUCGCUAAAGCAGGUCAUUUGGAAUCUUACAAAAGCAGCAUGCUGGAUUCGAUCAAGAGAUUGAGACCUCAGUCUAGACUGCUCACAUACGUGAUAUCCCCCGGCGAGUCCAACAAGAACCGGGCUACCAAGGCUGCUAUCGAGGACUACCUUUUAUCUGAAGGGUGUACCAGAGAUACAUUUAUUCUUGCCGUUGGAGGGGGAGUUAUUGGCGAUAUGAUCGGGUUUGUGGCUGCCACUUUCAUGAGAGGUGUGCGGUUUGCCCAAAUUCCCACCACGUUGCUUUCCAUGGUGGACUCGUCCAUUGGUGGAAAAACGGCCGUUGACACUCCGCUUGGAAAGAACUUUAUUGGAUCUUUUUGGCAACCAGACUAUGUGUUUGCCGACAUUUCUUUCCUCGAAACGCUACCAGAAAGAGAGUUUAUCAACGGUAUGGCAGAGGUGAUCAAGACAGCAGCCAUUUGGGACGAGACCGAGUUCGCAAGACUCGAGAAACACACCGAAGCGUUCUUGGAAGUCGUUAGAAACAGAAAGCCAGACAACAGUGUUGAUCUGACUCCUAUUCUCGACCACAUUUUCAAGCUUGUUCUUGGAUCCAUCAGAGUGAAAGCCGAGGUCGUCACUUUGGAUGAAAGAGAAGGAGGAUUGCGCAAUCUUUUGAACUUUGGUCACUCCAUCGGACACGCAUACGAGGCUAUUCUUACUCCACAGGCACUUCACGGAGAGUGUGUUUCCAUUGGUGCCGUCAAGGAAGCAGAGCUUAGUAGAUACCUGGGUAUCUUGCCUCCGGUGGCCGUUUCUAGAUUGUCCAAGUGUCUUGCCGGCUACGGACUACCUGUUUCCUUAGAGGAUAAAAUUGUGCAGUCCAGAAUCAACGGCAAGAAGUGUCCUGUUGAUCUUUUGCUGAAGAAGAUGGCUGUGGACAAGAAGAACGACGGUUCCAAGAAGAAGGUUGUGUUGUUGAAGAGCAUUGGAGAGUGCUACGAGCCAAAGGCAUCUUAUGUCAACGACGAGGAUCUUAGAGUCAUUUUGACCGACGACAUUUUCGUGAAACCUUUCACUGCUGCUCCUUCCGAGGUGGUAGUCACUCCACCGGGAUCCAAAUCUAUCUCUAACCGUGCUUUGGUGAUGGCUGCCUUGGGUAAAGGUGUUUGCCGUAUCAAGAACUUGCUUCAUUCCGAUGACACUGCUCACAUGCUGACCGCGAUGACUGCAUUGAAAGCUGCCGAGGUUUCUUGGGAGGACAAGGGAGAAACCCUUGUUUUGAACGGAAACGGUGGUAACCUUGUUGCUUGUGAGGAGGAGGUUUACCUUGGAAAUGCAGGAACAGCCUCGCGGUUCUUGACUUCUGUUGCAUCCUUGGUUGGUGUUAAUGGAGAUCUCACCAGUGUCAUUCUCACAGGAAACAGCUGGAUGCAAAAGAGACCAAUCGGUCCUCUUGUGGACGCUUUGAAGGCCAACGGAUCCAACAUCCAGUAUCAGAACAAUGUUGGUUCUCUUCCGUUGAAGAUUCAGUGUGGUAAGGGACUCAAGGGAGGAAGAAUCGAGCUUGAGGCCACUAUUUCGUCCCAAUAUGUCUCGUCUAUUUUGAUUUGCGCUCCCUACGCCGAUGAGCCUGUCACCUUGUCGUUGGUGGGAGGUAAGCCAAUUUCUCAGUUGUACAUCGACAUGACCAUCAGAAUGAUGAGCGCGUUCGGCGUUCACGUGACCAAAUCCACGACCGAGGAGCACACCUACCAUAUUCCAAAGGCCCAUUACGUUAACCCUGCCGAGUACGUUAUUGAGAGCGAUGCCUCGUCUGCCACUUAUCCGCUUGCAUUUGCUGCUAUGAACGGAACCAAGUGCACGAUUCCUAACAUUGGAUCUUCUUCGUUGCAAGGAGACUCGCGGUUUGCUACCGACGUGCUCAGACCAAUGGGAUGCACUGUUACUCAAACAGAGACUUCCACCACCGUACAAGGACCCCCAGUUGGUGGCUUGAAGUCUCUUCCUCUGAUUGAUAUGGAGCCAAUGACCGAUGCAUUCUUGACGGCGUCUGUGGUUGCAGCUAUUGCCAACGACUCGAAGUCGACGUCGAUCGUCGGUAUUGCCAACCAGCGUGUGAAGGAGUGCAACCGUAUUGAGGCCAUGCGUGUCCAGCUCGCCAAGUUUGGCGUGAAGGCCGAGGAGCUCGAGGAUGGUAUCACCAUCUACGGUAUUGACCACAACAAUCUGCAAGUUCCUCAACUUCCGGGUGUUUACCCAUACGACGACCACAGAGUUGCCAUGAGUUUCUCUUUGUUGGCCGGGUUCUGUAAAGAGCCUGUUGUUAUCCAGGAAAGAAGAUGCACGGCCAAGACGUGGCCUGGAUGGUGGGACGUGCUGCACACCAAGUUCAACGCCCAGUUGGACGGCUACGAGUCGCAGCAUGUUGAAAACAAGUCUUUUAUUCCUGAGAAGAACGGCAAGAAGAGUAUCGUGGUUAUUGGAAUGAGAGCUGCUGGUAAGACUUCGAUGUCGAACGUGAUUGCUGAGCAGACCGGACUCAAGUAUGUUGAUCUUGACGAGGAGUUCGAGAAGGCCAGCGGUGUCACUGUGAAGCAGUUUAUUCAGGACAACAGCUGGGAGGAGUUCCGCAGCAAGGAGCUCGAGAUUACCAAGAAGUACCUUGUUGAGCACAAGGAAGGGUAUGUUAUUUCCACUGGAGGUGGCCUGGUGGAAACUCCGGAGGCCAGAAAGUUGCUCCAGGACUACUGCAAGACGGGAAUUGUGCUUCAUCUGCAAAGAGACAUUGCUGAGACCACGUCCUUCUUAUCAGAGAAAGACUCGACUAGACCGGCUUAUAAGGACGAGAUCGCUUCUGUUUGGGAAAGAAGACGCAACUGGUACGACGAGUGUUCGAACUACUACUUUUUCUCUCCUCACUGUGCCUCUUCUCACCAGUUUGAUACUUUGAAGCGGUCGAUGGCACUGUUUAUUCAGGAAAUCACCGGCGAGAAAGUCGUUUCUGUUCCUUCCAAGAGAUCUUUCUUCGUCUGCUUGACGUACCCAGACCUGAGACAGGCUUUGCCGGACAUUGAAGCCAUCACUACUGCCUGUGACGCUGUGGAGCUGCGUGUUGACUUGCUCAAGUCGUACGACACAACUUUUGUUUCUGAGCAAGUUGGUCUUUUAAGAAACCAUACUAGUAUUCCAAUUGUCUUCACCUUGAGAACCAAGGCCCAGGGCGGAAAGUUCCCUGACGACGACUUUGCCAAGGUGCAAGAGCUGUGCGAGCUGGCAUUCAAGCUGGGAGUCGGCUAUCUGGACUUGGAGUUGUCGCUGCCUGACGGUUUGCUGGACACCUUGAGCUCCAAAAGACGGUACACCAAGAUCAUUGGUUCGCACCACGACUUUGCUGGCGCUUUCAAGUGGGACUCUGCCGAAUGGGAGAGCAAGUACCAACUCGCCACGCGUCUGAACGUUGAUGUGGUCAAGUUUGUGGGUAUGGCAAAGGAGUACAACGACAACAACUUGUUGGAGCAAUUCAGAGCCACUCACACUGAGAAGCCAAUGAUUGCAAUCAACAUGGGCCGGUUUGGCCAGUACUCGCGGAUCGUGAACCCGGUGUUGACGCCGGUGACCCACGAACUGUUGCCGAACUCGUCUGCUCCGGGUCAAUUGACCAUCAAACAGAUCAACCAGGGACUGACGCUUGUUGGUCUCGAGACCCCAAAACGGUUUGUGAUUGUUGGGUCUCCAAUUGCGCAUUCGAGAUCGCCAGCCUUGCACCACGCCGGGUACGACGCUCUGGGGCUGCCGCACGUGUUUGAUAUCCACGAGACGGCCAGUGCUGCAGAGGUGGAGCAGAAACUGCUUGGCGAGCCAAACCUGGGCGGACUGUGUGUCACGAUGCCGCUCAAGAUCGACAUGAUGAAGUACGCGGACGAGCUGUCGCACAGCGCCAAGACCAUCGGCGCCAUCAACACGCUGUUCCCGGUCGCUGGAGGCAAGCGCAGAGGAGACAACACCGACUGGCUUGGAAUCACCCAGUCGUUUGUGUACCACGGGUGUGCGUCGAAACUGUCUGCGAACGGCCUGGUGAUUGGCGCGGGUGGAACUUCGCGCGCAGCCAUCUACGCUCUGCACCACAUGGGCUGCGAAAAGAUCUACAUUCUUGGAAGAACCGUGGCCAAGACACAGGCCGUGAAAGACCACUUCCCAGAUUCGUACAACAUCGAGGUGCUGGACUCGCUGGACUCCAUCAAGAACAUGGACAAGGUGUCGCUCGUGGUGUCGACUGUGCCCGGCCACUUGGACUUUGAGCCUGUUUUCUUGGAGAAAUUGGACGCUGCUCUGUCCAACGGCUGCGGCACCAAGAUGCUGCUGGAAGCCGCCUACAAGCCGCUGGAAACACCGAUCAUGAGGCUCGCCAGCAAGUCGCACGGCUGGAAAGUGAUCCCUGGUCGCGACAUGCUAGUCAACCAGGGCCUGUUCCAAUUCGAACGGUUCACGGGGUACAUGCCACCAUUCCAGCCCGUCUACGAUGCUGUGAUUAGGUAA